CUACUACCGUACUAGCGCGAAAAAAAUAUUCUAUCUCUCCAAAUAACCUUUAUUUAUUUUCGAUACGUGUACUCGCGGGAUAUCACUUUAAAAGUAAAAAAGGAAAAAAAAAAGAAAAAAAAACAAACAAACAAACGCAAAAACGUCGCCUCGUUUGAGCCAUAGUUAUCUUAUUUUUUUCUUUUUUUUUUUUUUCUUUUCGGUUCAUUCUUAAACCUCUUUUUUUUCUUUUUUUUUUAAUACAUUUCUUCUCGGUUCCACGAGAAGAAGAAAGUCGAUCAGCUUGGUUGGCUGUGUAUUUUUUUACGUGUAUUAUCUUCGUCGAAUACACGUCGGAUUGUCGUCGUCGUCGUCGUCGUUGUCGUCGUCGUCAUCGUCAUCGUCGUCGUACUCGUAAUCGUAAUCGUAAUCGUAGUCGUCGUAGAUCGGGUCGUGCGUGCGAGCGGUCGAGCGAGUGAUCUGUGACGUCAGUGGUCCGAUUGGCUGUCACCUGUCAAGCCGACAUAUUGUAUAGAGAACGUUAUGCUAAAGUAUGCAUGCACGAGGGUUGGUCCGAUGGUCAGGAAUAUCGCGAGUUCGUUCGUUCGUUCGUUCGUUCAUUCGUUUGUUCGUAAGUACGUUCGUUCGUGCGUUCGUACGUUCGUUCGUUCGUUCGUAGGUUCGUUCCUGCGCCAAGUAUCACGUAACCGGGCAGAUCGCUCUAACAAAGACCGUCGAACGACGUCGUCCAGUAAUUACUGUACCUGCUAAUACUAGAGUUCUGGUAUAAAAGUCUUCCGUAAUGACGUCCGGGCACAGUUGCGGUAGGCCGCCAGAGGGGUGCCCGUAAGAGAAACAUCAAAUCCCUUAAUCCAUCUUCUAAAUUAUUAAAAUUUAAUAACCAAACCCAGGACACAUGUUUGACGUCACAGAUCAUAAUACGGAUGGAAUAUGGGAUUUGGAGUCUUCACGUUGCGGGUGAACUUUGGAGAGACCCACGCCUCGCCCGUAGACAUCAUCCUAUCUUACCCCCAUAUGUGUGUCAAAUAACUCCAAGGACUGCUUUAACUCUUAAUGUUCUAUGUCAAUCUACAACAAAUAUGGUACCAUUGCCGUUAGCUUUAAAUGGGCCAUCGCCCUAUGGCCCUAUAGGAUUAGUUACGAAAUCUUCCGGGAGUAAUAAUGAUUUAGAAUUGGCCAAGGACGAUACUAAUGAGGUCUAUCAUGAAGAAAAUGACGAUGGCGGAGAUGAUAACGAAGUCAACGAAGAUAACAUCGAAAAAUCCGACGAUAAUGAGAAUCAAACUUCUUCUGAACAAAUCGAAACCAACGAAAAUGAAGAGGACGAGGAAAGUGAUACGGGAAGUACAGGAAGUUCGCGUAAGUCAUCUAAUAACAAUUUUCCAACAAAAUUGUUAGAUCCGAUGUCCUGUUUAGGUCUCGACAAGGAAGGUGCGGUAUCACCAGUUUUAAAUGGUUGGGUAUUAGGUGCGUAUACGGCAAUGUUAGGAAGAUUAUCAGCAGCUACUGCAGCAUUAGAGGCUACACAAAUCCCAAACAUACCUUCCGACAGCGAUUCUGAAAGUGAACAUUCUUCUUACACGGAAAGAUCUAGAGGUAGUAGUCCAAAUGUUAGUAACGUACAUCGAGGAUAUUCAUGCGGUUCUUGCGACGUGGUAGCCCCUACUAGGCCAGCUUUAAGGAAACACAUUGCAAAUUGUCAUCCAACGUUAAAUGGUACUGAAAUGAGAGAAUCAAGGAGUUGUCCUGCACCAGGUUGCGAUUUUACAACGAAUAGUAGAUGCGAAAUGGAAACUCAUGUAGCGGCACACGUUGCACAAGGAAUGACACCAACAGGGAAAAAACGUACAUUGGCCUUGCAACGCGUUAGGUAUAGAUACGAAAGGGAGGAAUAUCGAUGCACCUUAUGUUCCUACGCUUGUACGAUCGAAAAAGCUUUCCAAAGGCAUUUGAGGGCACACGCAAGAGGUACCGCACCAGAAACAAGAGUUAGCUGUGCGGUAUGCGGCGCAGAUAGAUCAUCCGAGGUUGAUCUUAGUAGACACAUGAGAAGGCAUCGGGACGAUCGUUACUUUUGUUGCGAUAUUUGUAUCUUCCGUACUGUUCAAUUGAAGAAGUUGAUUCAACAUCGUCGCAUGCACACUGGCGAGAAACCACAUCUUUGUCCGCAUUGCGCAUACAGAAGUGCACGACGUGAUAAUCUACGCAGUCAUGUUAGACGAGUCCACAAGAAAGAGAAUUUAUAUUGCGAUACGUUUAGUCCACGUGGCAUGUUAAUAGCACCAACUAUUAACGAUAAGGAUGACUCAAUCGUUGUACAAACUCCCGCAUCAUCGCCGUCCUCGAAUCCUGACUCGACGAAUUAGUGCAAAACGAAGAUAUUAUUAGUACAAGGGAAAGAACGACUUAGCCUCUUAAUGACUUUCGAUCAGAGAUAACUAAUUUGUUUUCUGUUUUUUACUUAUUUUUUUUUCUUUUCUUAUUUUUUUUUUUUUUUUUUUUUUUUUUUUUUUUUAUAACAGGGUGGUGCACGGGGUUGAACUGUGGGUGGGAUAGAACGGGGCGUGGUGGGAUGGAUUGUAAGUGGGGUUGGAUGAUCGGGCCAAAAAUAAGUAAUUCUAAGUGAUCUUUUUUUUCCUUCUUCUUUUUUUUUUUUUUUUUUAAAUAAUAUUAAUCAUGCUUUUGUGAAAUUUUUGUAAGCCGAUUUUCUUUUUUCUUUUUUUUCCCUUUUUUUUACGGCAUUACAGAUUGGAUAAAAUUAUUUUUUAAUGAUCUCUUAGGUAUACUUUUUUUGGCCCGCACUCUUCUGCCUUUAUAAUGUCUCAUCAAUUAUUUUUUUUUCUUCUUUUUUUUUUUUUUCUUUUUGAAAUCGAUCGAAUAUAUUUUCAGUUACUAAUUUAUUAAAUCUAGCAUGAUAGGAAGAUCUUGAAAGUGAGAAUGGCUGUGAAACGAAGAAUAAGAGGCUAUCGCGAAACUUCGAGAUUAUGAGAAAUCUUUUAUUAUCUUUUUGAAGAUUUUUGAUUUCAUCUUAUUUUCAUCUUCUUUUUUUUUCUUCUUCUUCUUCUUUUUCUUUUUACCACAACGUAGAGGAUCAUAAAAAAUUAAUUAUAAAAACGAAACGUUCGUCCAUCUUCGUACUUGGACUUUUUCGUUAUGGUCAGAGAUUGAUAUAAGUAAUUAUAAAUAAAAUUUUUGCAAGAUUCAACAUUUCGAACAAUAUUUUGUCUCUUGCAUAUCUAUAUGUGUAUGUAUACAUAUAUAUAUAUAUAUACAUAUAUUUAUAUAUAUAUAUGUAUACGUAUAUAUACACAUAUAUUACGUAUCGUACCAAAGCCAAAAAAAAAA